ACGAUAUUCCUGCAGUCGGUUAGAGAGACAGUAUUUCCUGCUAGGGUUUCCCCGAGAGAAGAGUCUUCGGCCCCGGUAAAGCGUUGCGGUAAUCCCGGGAGCAGGGCCGACAAGAAAGACGUAGUGGGUUGUUGGCUGGGCAAGCAGCGAGUCGCGAUUAUCCCUCGGGGGAGCGUAGAACUGUAAAAAGAAGGCUGAGCAGUGAGUAACGACCGACCAUCCGGGAACCGGACCAGUUAGAGCUGCUACGCCGGGAGACGACCCCGGGAGAAUAGUCGUUGCGUCUGGGAAUUAUCGGGGAGGCGACUGAUCGGCGGCUAUAAAGACAGGGCCGCGCCGGAGGAUAUAAGGCCCCUACGCCCGGCCGCGGAACUAAAACGCCAUCCAGACCGCACAGCAGCGCUGCGUUCUGACGUGUAGAAGCCAGACACUGACCAGAUGAAUGGAAAUCGGCACUACAGGAGCCGUCGGGGCCCAGCCCCUCUUCUCCGUGCCGAGACGUCCAGGCUAUGGCACCAUGGGGAAACCCAUCAAGCUGUUGGCCAACUGCUUCCAGGUGGAGAUCCCAAAGAUUGAUGUCUACCUUUAUGAGGUUGACAUCAAGCCUGAGAAAUGUCCUCGACGUGUGAACAGAGAAGUGGUUGAUUCUAUGGUCCAGCACUUUAAAGUAACCAUUUUUGGUGACAGAAAACCAGUGUAUGAUGGGAAGAGGAGCCUAUACACUGCAAACCCUCUUCCUGUGGCAGCUGCAGGAGUGGAUCUGGAUGUCACACUUCCUGGCGAGGGAGGAAAAGACCGUCCUUUUAAGGUGACCAUCAAGUUUGUGUCGCGGGUUAGCUGGCAUCUGCUUCAUGAAGUGCUGACAGGCCGGAGUAUGCCAGAGCCCCUGGAACUUGAUAAACCAAUAAGCACCAAUCCAGUACAUGCAGUGGAUGUGGUGCUCAGACAUCUCCCUUCAAUGAAGUACACACCAGUAGGGCGCUCCUUCUUCUCAGCACCAGAGGGCUAUGACCAUCCUCUUGGCGGGGGCCGGGAAGUGUGGUUUGGCUUUCACCAGUCAGUGAGGCCUGCGAUGUGGAAGAUGAUGUUGAAUAUUGACGUAUCUGCAACUGCAUUCUACAAAGCACAGCCUGUGAUCCAGUUCAUGUGUGAAGUGCUGGAUAUUCAUAACAUCGAUGAGCAGCCAAGGCCUCUCACUGAUUCUCACCGCGUCAAAUUCACCAAAGAGAUAAAAGGUCUGAAGGUUGAGGUGACGCAUUGUGGAACCAUGAGGAGGAAAUAUCGAGUGUGCAAUGUUACCCGAAGGCCUGCCAGUCACCAAACGUUUCCUCUGCAGCUAGAGAGUGGACAGACAGUAGAACGCACUGUGGCCCAGUAUUUCCGGGAGAAAUACAGUCUACAGCUGAAAUACCCACACCUGCCUUGCCUACAGGUGGGGCAGGAACAGAAACACACAUACCUUCCCUUGGAGGUGUGUAAUAUUGUAGCUGGACAGCGGUGUAUCAAGAAACUUACAGAUAAUCAGACCUCUACCAUGAUAAAGGCAACUGCUCGAUCAGCUCCUGACCGGCAGGAAGAAAUCAGUAGACUGGUCAGGAGUGCCAAUUACGAUGAUGAUCCUUUUGUUCAGGAAUUCCAGUUCAAAGUUCGGGAUGAAAUGGCCCAUGUUACUGGGCGCGUGUUACCUGCGCCCAUGCUACAGUACGGGGGCAGGGUGAGCACAGAAUACUUUAUGAAUCGAACAGUGGCCACACCCAGUCAUGGUGUGUGGGACAUGAGAGGGAAGCAGUUUCACACAGGAGUUGAGAUUAAAAUGUGGGCUAUUGCCUGUUUUGCCACACAGAGACAGUGUCGGGAGGAGAUUCUGAAGGGCUUCACAGACCAGCUGCGUAAGAUCUCAAAGGAUGCAGGCAUGCCUAUCCAGGGACAGCCUUGCUUCUGCAAAUAUGCACAAGGUGCUGACAGUGUGGAGCCCAUGUUCCGCCAUCUGAAAAACACCUACUCAGGGCUGCAGCUCAUCAUUGUCAUCCUGCCUGGCAAGACACCUGUGUAUGCGGAGGUUAAGCGGGUGGGGGACACAUUGCUAGGAAUGGCCACUCAGUGUGUUCAGGUGAAGAAUGUUGUGAAGACCUCCCCACAGACACUGUCUAACCUCUGCCUGAAAAUCAAUGUCAAACUGGGUGGGAUUAAUAACAUCCUGGUACCACACCAACGCCCCUCUGUGUUUCAGCAACCAGUUAUCUUCUUAGGGGCAGACGUAACUCAUCCCCCUGCAGGAGACGGAAAGAAGCCAUCAAUUGCUGCAGUAGUGGGGAGUAUGGAUGCUCAUCCUAGUCGCUACUGUGCCACGGUACGAGUACAGCGCCCCCGGCAGGAGAUCAUUCAGGAUCUGGCCUCUAUGGUGCGUGAGCUGCUGAUCCAGUUCUACAAGUCUACACGCUACAAGCCAACCAGAAUAAUAUUCUACAGGGAUGGAGUAUCUGAGGGACAGUUUAGACAGGUUUUAUAUUAUGAGCUGCUUGCCAUCAGGGAGGCUUGCAUCAGCCUGGAGAAGGAAUACCAACCAGGUAUCACCUACAUAGUUGUGCAGAAAAGGCACCACACACGGUUAUUCUGCGCCGACAGGAAUGAGAGAGUUGGAAGAAGUGGAAACAUCCCUGCUGGAACAACAGUGGACACAGACAUUACUCACCCAUACGAGUUUGACUUUUACCUCUGCAGCCACGCUGGCAUACAGGGCACCAGCCGCCCAUCGCACUAUCAUGUUCUCUGGGAUGACAAUUGCUUCACUGCUGAUGAAUUUCAGCUCCUGACCUACCAGCUGUGUCACACGUAUGUGCGCUGCACUCGCUCUGUGUCCAUCCCAGCACCUGCCUAUUACGCACAUCUGGUAGCUUUUCGGGCACGCUAUCACUUAGUAGACAAGGAACAUGACAGUGCGGAGGGCAGCCAUGUGUCUGGACAGAGUAAUGGUCGGGACCCCCAGGCGCUGGCCAAAGCCGUGCAGAUUCACCACGACACCUUACGCACCAUGUACUUUGCCUGAAAGAGAGAGAAAACCAAGAAUGAGGGAAAAGUUAAGAUGGAGCCUGAAUCCUCACAGGAUCAAAGAACCAAGCCACAAGCAGCCUAUAUUUCCAAGAGGGUCAGUUUGAUAAGUUGCACCUUCCAGUGCUACUGUUUCUGUCACUGUGCAGACUUGUGGAGGACUCUAAAACUGGCCAGACAGGGUGGGGUGGGAUAUUGGGAAGGGUUGGGAGUGCACUCGCUGUGUCCAGACAGAACCCAGCACAAUUAUGCAAUAUGAUAAAAGCCAGCUGCUGACAGGACUCUUUCUCAUCCUAUAGUUGUCAGGGUGAGCUGGUGACUUUACAAUUUUCUGAGGGUGGUUGGGUAUAUGGGGUAUUGUGCUUUUUUUCCUGAUAGUCCCUUUUCUUUAUUCUGCCUUUACCUCAAGUUGUUGGCAGUGCAACUUUCUCUGCAAAAAAAAAAAAAGUGAAAGCCGAUAGAAUAAGAGAGGCUACAAAAAGAGAAAAAGAAAAACUGUGGGUCAGUCUGACCCCUGCACACAGAGAAACCUCCUUUAUGUCACAGAAGUCAAGGCUGUGGCUGCUGUGCUUUAAGUUCAAAUCAAGAAUGGGUUGUUUAAACAUUGGUCUAGUUUAACUGCACUCGUGGUCCCUGGCCCUGUGGCUGCUGAAGCAAGGGGACAAUGUGAAUAAUAAUAAUAAUAUUAAUAAUAAUAAUAAUAAUAAUGGUAAUAGUAAUAAUAAUUGUCGCCAAACCCAAAGUAUAUUUGCACUCCUUACCGCUGGAGUGGUGUUUAGCCGAUCGCUGCCUUGGUGUUUGUACCUCCAGACUUGCUGUGCUCAGCCCCAGCCUAAAAAAAAAAAGCCAAUGUUGACUUCUCCUUUGCAUUUGAGAGCGCCAUUAUGAGCACAACUCGAAAGUGAGCUGAUAUACGAUGUAUUUUACAAUUGCUUAGUUUUGAGCAAAGUGCCACCAUCAUAUAGCUGUGUGCAAAGUGCUCUUGUCAAUAACCACUGACGCCUUCGUGCCAAGUGUGCGCCGAACUGACUGCCUUUUGUGAAGAUGGUGGCACUGCUGCCCAGAGGAAGGAGGUGGAUGGUGGGGGUUAGGGUUUGCUGGGGGGGGGAAGGGGAGGGGGUCCUCUGUGUGGCUGAGGCAGCUCACAUGUAGGACCUAUAGGCCAGUUUCAAGUAAAUGUGAUUCUUUCAAAUGUCUUUUUUUUCUUUUAAAUAUAUUUAUUAGAGUAAUUAAGACUAUUAAUUUAAUAUUAGCUAGGAUAAUAGUGGCAGCAUUCAUUUUAUGUUUACUUUUAAUUUAAUGGACAUUAUCCAUUUUCAAUGUAACUGACAGUCCCACAUUGUUGCUAACUUUUAGUGCAAUAAUAAUUGAAAAGGAAGUAAAGGUCUGUCCAUGCAUGGCCCAGUGGAGUCUCUACACUGAACUCCUUCUGGAUGGUGCUGUGGUGUGUAAUUGUUUGUUUGUUUUCUUUAUGUAUUGAUCAUGAUAUGGUGAUGGAUGGGGCCCCUGCUCCACACCAGUACUGGCAGAAACUUAAGUUUUCUGUGCAAAGGCAGAAACACAUAUUUAAAGGGAACACUGACCAUUUUUCUGAGGCAAUACACAAUUUAGUGAACCAUAGACGUGGAAAGAUUUGCUUCUCUACUUUUGGCACUUUAUUCUGCUGAAUAAAGCAUUUUUUGUUGAGAACUUCAGCAGUUUUGAGCAUGUGGGGUGGGCAAAGUUUUACAGGGAUGGGAAGUGGAUUGAUACUUUAAGACAAAGAAAUUGUUCCCUUCUGUGUGUAAUGUCAGGGUGGUGGGGGGGGUCUCUUGAUAAGCUCAAUAGUCAUUAUGAUAGAAAGACAGAUCUUUUUUUGAUUCUCUAUAGAAUUAUGAAAGUGACUAGAAUGACUGGGACAUAAUUUUAAUGUUAAACGUAUUUUUCUAACAUUUGAAAGAUUUAGUUUUAAUGUCUAGAAGAACAAAUAAAGGAGCGCUGGUUUGACCAUUCCAGAUCUUAAUGCUUGCUGGUCCAUUGAUCAGCUACUUGACUGAGUGUGUCCAGGUGCAUUUCUUUGCCUCUUGUUUAGUUUGAGUGUCGGUAUUUUUUCAUAUUCUGAGAUUAUGCUCCUCCCUGUCUCCAUGUUUAAAACUGAAAUAUUUUCUCCAUGCUGUCUAAACCUAGCAGUACACUUGAUCCUGUUACAGAGCACUUUAUCUGAACUGAGCAAUGUGCUAAAUCUCCAUCCCAAGCACUUGCUCUUGACUGAAAAGCUUGCUUGAAAUUAUUUCACUCAUUGUAAUUCAUCCUGUUUCAAAACCUUUCAAACUGAGCCGAAUGAUAGACUUUUAGAGCACUGUAUUCAAACAAGGCAGUAUGUCAGGACUUAUGGAGAGUACUGGGCUUUUUCUUCUUUAUUACAGAACACUCUUCAUAAAGAAUACAGUGUCCUAGGACUUAUUUCAAAUUAUUCUGCUCAACCAGGCUUUUUGCCUGAUCAUGUUUCUGCAGUUUAUUAAUAUGAGCGUAUUAGAACCUAUCUUGCUUACUCUAAUCAAACAAGACAGUAUGCUGAAGAUAUUCCACAACAACUUAAACCUAAGAGAGAAAUUUACUAGAUAUUUCCAAGCACUCCAAUAAACGCAAGUAGUUUGUCAAAAAUGUCUAUUUAUAUCCCAUAUAUAUAUGUGUGUGUGUGUGUGUAUGUAUGUAUGUACACAAUAUGUAUACAUACACAUAAAAACCUGCAUCUUCCUUACCUGAAUCUCACAACAUAUUAGUCAUUAACAUAAAAUAAAACAUUGUUGUAAAAUGAAAAAGGACAGCGUUUUCCAUGUCCACCUUUUGCAUCGCAUUUCAACAAAAGUGAAAUUUUCAUUUUAGGAAGACACACUUUCUGAAGUAAGGUAGUUAUACGCGCUAGUCAUGGCAUGGAGAGUGGAAAGGUGUUGUAGGUUGAUUAGAUGAUGCAAGAAAAAUUUUGUUACUUUUUCUUAACACAUUUGUCAAAAGCCAAGCACUCUGUUCCCUAAAAAAAAGUAUCCAGACUCUUCUACCAGUAGUCAUGAAAUGACCUAGGUCUGGAGCACUUUUAGAAAUUGUUUAAAUACACAUGAUUUUGUUUUUUUAUUAAACUGAUUUCUUCACCCUCAGCCCAACUCUGAAAUUCAGUUUAACAUCUUGCAGUCAUUCAGUCUUUUUGUGCAAUUUAGUAUACCACUCCAUGCAUGUCUGUUUUGUUUACUACCCACCUUUUGAUGUUUCUUAGACCCCAAACCCACCAAGCUAGGGAGCUACUGCUCUUACUACAUUAAACUGUGAUAGCCAUAUAAUCUGAGUUUUUACUAACAGUACGGUGGCUUUUUUAUUUUUAUUUUUUUUAAGCAGCUGCUGCUGCUAUUUUUUUCAUUUACUGAUCAAUAUGGUGCCACAGAAACAGCUUGCUCUGGUAUGGAAGUUGGAUGCUGUCAGGGUUGUUAUUGCACUGGAGAAUUAUUAUUUUAUUAAAUUAGUAAUUGUACUGAGCAGAGUUUCCACAGUAAGAAACUGGAUAAUGUGUUCAUAUGAACACUGCAUAGUUUAUUACAAUCAAGCUCAUUUUAAAUUAAACAUUCAGUCUGGAUCAGUACUUUUCUAUUGGUAAGCAAGUCUGAUUACAUAAUACAAAAGGAGACUUGGAAGAGUGUAUCUAAUUUGCUAGUGAGAAUGAUUUGAAUUCCAUGCAGUUCUGGGAAAGCCUUUGCUCCCUCAGUUACUUACAUGUUUUCAGGCCCUUCAUAUAAUGUAACUGAGCUACAGGGCUAAGAUGAUGGUUCCAUCUCCUAGCAGAGCAUGAUGGGGAAGUGCCUUGAGCUAUCUUACAACAUGUUUUUUUUUUUUUUUUUGCUGCUUUUAUUUCCAGAUGCUACACAUUUCUUCAAAUUGCAUAACACAAUAGGUCAUCAUUCAUUUUAUCGUUCUAAGUAAAUCAUGAUUGCUUUGUAUCCCCAGUGGGAUAUCUGUCUUGAUGUUAAAACCAUCGCUGGACUGAAUUUUGUGAGUCAGCUGUAUCUAGCUGGUAACUGUGUUAGAAUGUGGUGAUGGGGAAAAUAAAUCAGUAAAUUAAGCUCUCCAUGCCUGGUUUUAAAUCAGAAGGAUAAAAAGAAGGUUAAAUUUAAACAUGCCAAAAAACAUUUGGAUUUUGGCAUACUGCAAAUCCAAGUGGGGCAUGGGGCAACAUAAGCUUUGUUGAGGGCAAGAUUGCUUUUGGGAUGUGUAUUACUUGAGAAGCUGAUUAUGGGGGAAAGUUAUGUUUUGGACUGUGUUAUAUAUAAAAAAAAAAAAAAAAAAAGUGUGUUUUUUAUUUUUCCUUUUUUUGAUGGUCAACUUCAGCAGAAUAGUCCACAGAAAGUGCCUUUCCUGAAGAUGGUGCUGUAGAAAAAAUUAAAUAGAAAACUUCUUUUCAGAUUCAUAAGAGGCUGAAUAUAUCAGCCCUAUUGCCAAGAACCUGAAAGUAUCUAUGAGCUGCUAUACUCAGCCAGGACCAAGCACUGAGUCUUUGGAAUGAAGUGGGGUGAGCUUUUUAGAAAGCUCAACAAAUGCAAUUUUGUCUGCUUGGCCCAGUGCUAUCCAUCUGCCUUGACCAUCGAGCAGCAGACUAUGGCCUGGCAUGUUAUUGAUCACUGCCGAUCAUAAUGAUAGACAGCCAUGGCAGGUUUAAUGGAAGCCCAGGCCAGCAAAAAUUGCGUUUGAGAUGCGCCCCGAGUCAGAGUUCAAAACACUGCACCUCGUAACCUUGGAAUGCUGCAAUUACUACUAAAGAAAGGAGACAUAUGUUUUGGCUUUACGCUGGAUAGGCCAGAUAAAUAUUCUUUAAACUAUGUAAGAAGGAGCAGAUUUGUUGUCUUAAUAUUUUGACAAAGUUUUUGUUUUAUUAUCAGGACUUUUUAUUUCUGUAUAUUUAUUGCAAAUGUAUGUGAACACAGUUGUUCCUUUAAAACUUCUUAUGCUACAGUGAAGAUGGGACUUGGAAUGAGACAACCGUUUGCAUCCAUUCAUAGCAGCAUUUAUCUCCUGCCCUUUAAGCAGUUUUUACUUUUUUUAAUUUAAAUUCCGGCUGUGCCCAGCUGCUAUUUCAAUGCUGCUGUGUGCUCAUUGGCUGUAAUCGGUGUGACUCACGUGAGACCUGUACAUGCCCCUCUCAGUUUUGCUGCACUUUUAUUUACUUGCUGGACUAUUUAGAAAUCCAAAACUAAUUUUUAAGAAUAGUUCUGUACAAUAUGAGCCACAUUACCUUUGACUUUUUUUUUUUACUUUUACAUUAAUGUUUAUUGGUAGUUUUUUAUGCUAAUACACCUUUUUAUUCUUGUUUUUAACCACUAAUCAAACUAGGUAGUAUCCAAGCUUAAAUCUUUAAAGGUCAAAUUCACUCCAGUUUAUACUUAUGAAUGGUGUCACUCUGGUACUCAUUUUGAUUGUCUUUUUUAGUGCCCACUUGUUACUCUGGUAGUCAGUCCAAAUCUUAUGGGCUUAACAAAAACCAUUACUAUCUGUAAAAUUUGAAAUUAAAAUAGUUGACUAAUACCUGAAAGAUGCAUUGCCAGCCCAUACUGGCAGAAACUGACUGAAGCCACAGUUUUGAAAACCUGUUUUCGUACACUUGUGAAACAGCCUGUUGAACAUCUGAAUCCCAUAGCAUUUUAAAACCUCUCUGUCAGUUUUAUAGAGUGGUUUGUAUUAUCAUAGUAAAGUUCAUACAGUACGUAGGACAGAUAAGAUUGUCAUUCUGUUAACACAAGAAAACCCCUGCAUGUUAUGGUGCAGUGUGCCCACUCAUCCAUAUUUCAUCUAAAUACCCAUCUCUUGCAAGGAAAGUACAAUUAGCUUUGAAUAAUUACAAGGUUCAACUUUUGUGCCUUUUCUAUAUGGGUUCUUCAACCAAGUAUCCAUUUUAUUAUUUUUUAAAGUAUAAUAGGCACUAAUAUUGCACUUUUAACAUGCCAUUACAGAUAUAACAAUUGAAUAGUCUACAACACAUAGCAUAUUAAAGUACCUUUUUAUUUAUAGGUUGAAUAUUUAUAAAUAGCUCUUGUGUAAGUCCAAAUUAUGUGAUUUAUGUUAAUUUUAUAUAUUUUUAAAAAGCCAUUGUAGUCAAUCAUCUAAAAUGCAUUGCUUUCAAAGUGUAACAAGGUGGAUUUCAGAUGUGCUACACAGGCCUCUUAUUAAAGUUAACAGAUUCGUGACAGGUAUUAAACUGGAAAAAAGUAACUUGUAUGCUGAUGUCAUAUUUUUUUUUUUUUUUUUUAAUAUAAAUGUGCUUACUACCGGUGCAGCCUGAGAAUGACAAAACUAGCAUGGGUACUUAGAGUGCAUAUUUAUUGUUGCUUAACACUGUAGUUGGGACCGGAGUAUGUUUUAUUCAAUAUUAAUCCCAAUUUUAUUGACUUUCCUCAAAAAAUGAAACAGCAAAGUAUAUAUUGUUUGUUUUACUCUUAUUUUACCAAAACCAAAGCUGAAAUCUGACUUUUUUUUUUUUUUUUUUUUUGCUUCAUCUUGGAUAAACUGUUGAGAUCUAGCUUACUUGUAAAGAAAGCCAUGUGUUUCUAAAGAAACAUGAAUCUGGGCUGUUUCCAGAAACCUGUGAUAUUUUUAUGUUGUGUAUAUUUGUUUCAUCAUUAUUUAAGCCAGCAAAUUGGGAUACAUGUAUCUCUUAGCACUGAUUUGUAAUGGCAACAUAUUCUUUUUUGGUACGAUAUACACUUGAGAAAGUUCUGUGUCCCAGUCUCUCUUGUUUUUAGAGUAUUAUUUAUGGUUUACAAACCAAACCUGUACCAAAAGGCUUCUGAUUACAGCCCAAGAUUACAAUCCUCAUUCACUGUAGACUACAAGGACUUGACUCUUAUUUUAUCAAUUAUUUUUCUUUUAGUUCUAUUGCUUUUAGUGUUGCUUUGCUUCAGUUUGAAGUGUAACUUUCACUAAUACUUGCAAUAAAAAGCUUUGCUUUAA